UCUGCGUGUGCGUGUGUGUGCGCGCGCGUGUGUUAGUGUGUGCAGCAUGCAGCAUGGCAAACCUGCAACAGUCACAAGAUCUCUAAAGUGCAACACACAAUAAAACGUAAAAGAGACAAAUAAAAAUACCCAAAACAAAGCUAAACCGAAUCUCACAAUUAUCAAAUAGGCAUUUUGGCAACUGGCAAACUGGCAAAAAUGGCGCUGUCCAAGCGGCCCUUAAACAAGGAGACGCCCUUGGUCGAGAGCAGCAGCAACAGCAGCAACAGCAACAGCAACAACAGCAGCAACAGCAACAACAGCAACAGCAACAGCAAUGAGCAUGAGACGUCUAUAAAGCGACGCAAACGCUGCAGUCGCGAUGAUGAAUUAGCUGCCAGCAACAACAACAACAACAACAAUAACAACAACAACACAACCAGCAACAACAACAACACAUUGCCACAGAAGAAACGACAAUUGGCUAAGGCAGCAAGCGGCGACAGCAACAUUCCGACAGCAGCAACAGCGGCAACAGCAGCCACAGCAAUGCCCAAAUCAACAGCAACUGUUGCCGCCGCUCAGGAUGUUGCCGAUCAGGAUGACGAGACAUUGAUACGCGAGACCCAAGCGGCGCUCAAGAGUCUCUCGGGCAGUUGGCCCGAUGCGCGCACCAAUCUGUAUCGUCUGCAGGAACAGGAGGAUGAGAAUCCGCCGCCAUUUCAGAAUCUGUUCGAGGAGAAGCAAAAGUAUGCGAACAGCAACAGCAACAGCAGCAGCAAUGGCAACAGCAACAGCAACAGCAGUGGCAGUGGCAACAGCAAUUCUCACACAUUGCUGCUACGCUUUCACAGGCAAAAGGAGAACGAUCAGGCGCGUCUUAAUGCCAGCAACAACAACAUCAGCAACAACAACAGCAAUAACAACAACAACAACAGCAGCAGCAACAACAACAACAUCAACAACAGCAGCAGCAUCAACAGCAACAAAAAGGAUGACAACACAUCCGGCUACACACAAGCAACAUCCGCCUUCAAGCCGCCCAUCGACAUCAUCAAGCGCAACGGUCAAUUGGCCGCUGCAGCCGCUGCCCACGCCCACUAUACGAGCAGCGCCUACAAUGCCGCUGAGGCCUACUAUGGCUAUGCAGCAGCCGCUGCUGCCAGCCAGCAGCAGCAGCAACAGCAGCAGCAACAGCAACAGCAGCAGCAACACGGCCUCUGCCUCGAUCAGAGUCGCAGCUAUGAGAUGGCGCCGCAGCUGGGCUCGCCCAACGAGCCGCGGCUGGCCAAGGCUGUUGGCAAGGAGCCGCUGAUGGAUGCCAAACAGUAUACGAUAUUGCAGCCAGCGGGCGUUGGCAGUCGAGCGGCCUCGGUGAUGCAGGACAUUGCACGUGAGGGCGUUGUUGGUGUUGCGCCCACGACGACAGCAACAGCAGCAGCAGCGGCGGCGGCGGCGGCAGCAGCGGCAGCUACAGCAGCGGCGACAGCAUCUACGCCAGCGCCCAGCUACUCGCCGGGCAGUCAAAAUCGCGAUGGCGCCAAAUGCCCAACUCCUCAUUGCACUGGCCAAGGACAUGUCACAGGAUUAUAUUCGCAUCAUCUGCUGGCGUUGCACGAACAGAUAUUGAAAUGCCCCACGCCUGGCUGCAACGGACGGGGACACGUUCAGCCGCAUCGGAGCGUGCAUCGCAGCCUGUCCGGCUGUCCGCGGGCUGUACGGCGCUUGACAGCUCGUCGAUCGGUGGUUGGGCCUUUGGCGCUGUGCGCAGCUGGCGAACUGGAGAAGCAUGAGAAGGAGCUGCAUGCGCUGGACAAGCUCAAGAUCAGUUCUAGCCAUUAUUUGAACAACAACAACAGCAGCUGCAUCAACAACAACAACACAAAUAACAACAACAACAACAACAACAAAACGAUGCCCAUUAUCAAAACGGAAUACAGUCCGGUGGCCAGCAUUAAGUCGGAAUAUAACAAAAGUCCCAUGCACUCUUACUUGGCCAACGAUGCCGCUGCAGCGGCCAGCAGCGCAAUACCCGCUGGCAGUGCGCGCAGCAGCAACAGCAACGGCAACAGCAACAACAACAACAGCAGCAACAACAGCGAAGCGCACUUGAGUCGCUUCGUUAGCAUGCAAAGUCCACACGCGCAGCAUCACCAGCAGCAGCAACAGCAGCAGCAGCAGCAGCAGCAGCAGCAACAGCAGCAACACACGCUGCAUCAGCAACGCGGACCCUUUAUCGAGGGCAAUGCCACACAGAUGAUGCCCGCGGGCAAUGCCAGCGCCGGCGAUGCCAACGAUCCAGCCAGCUACCACACAGAGCACCAGCAGCAGCAGCAGCAGCAGCAGCAGCAGGCUGACGAGCGUCAGCAGCAAUAUGAACAGAUGCGCUAUGCCCAGAGCCAUGGCCAUGAUCCGAGCGCGGAGCAGCAACAGUUGCUCGCCAGCAAUCCAAGCAGCAGCGAGCUGUCGCCGGUGACAGCGCGCAGUGCCUAUGAGCAUACGCAUCCACAUCCGCAUCCGCAUCCGCAUCCGCAUCCGCACUCGCACUCGCAUCCACACACACAUCCGCCGGGAACAGUGGCGCCCGUGUUCGUUGGCCUCGGCGUUGGCGACUCAGUGAGCGGCGGCGGCGGCGGCAGCGGCACAGCGGGCUUCGAGCGCUACGAUCCAAAUUGCUGUCCCAGCGGCGGGCAGCGACUGCAGCCGGGCGUCACAGCGGCCACAGCGCCCGCCAACAUGUAUCACUAUUUGCCGCAGACGGCGGAUGACUUGCAGGCGCAGCAGCAGAAAUAUUUGCAGGAGCAGCAGCUGCUGAUGGCCAAGGCCGAGCACGAGGAGCUGGCCAAUGGGGGCGGGCCCAUCUAUCCGCGGCCCAUGUAUCACUACGAUCCGACAAUGGGGCCGCUGCCGCCGGGCUUCUCGGCCAUUAACUUGUCGGUGAAGAUGGCUGCGGCGCAGGCGGCAGCAGCAGCAGCUGCCUAUCAAAAUCAACAGCAGCAGCAGCAGCAACAGCAGCAGCAGCAGCAGCAACAGCAACAGCAACAGCAGCAACAACAGCAACAGCAGCAGCAACAUCUCCAGCAGCAACAGCAGCAGCAGCAGCACAACAAACAGAGCAGUUCGCCUACGCCAAAUGUGGGCGUGGCAGCGCCAGCUGUUGACCUAUCGGGCGCCACAUCGGUAACAUCGUCCAGCCCGCACGGUUUCAACUCGCCAGCCUCGCACAACCAAUACAACCAGCGCAUGGGCAACGGCAGCCCACAGCCGGGCGCCAGCCCCAACAUUGCCAGCCCCCAAGUGCCGAGUCCGCAGGGCCAGACGCUCGAUCUGAGCGUUACGCGUUUGCCGCACAGCAUCAUCACGAGCCCGCAGUACGGCGCCGACGGCCUUGUUGUGGGCCACGGUCAGGGCUUUGGGAGCGCUGCGCCCGGCUCGAUCGGACCGAACGGACCGCCGCGUUCACCACAAAUGGAGCCAGUGGACUUUAGCGGACCGCCACGUCCGCUUGGCUUUGGCCUGGUGGGUCACAUCAGCGGACCGCGGCCAUACAGUCGCGAAUCAACGCCCGACAGCGGCGGCUCACACUAUAUCGAGACGUACCGAGAUCCGAGCGGCUAUUCACCACAUCCUGGCUACGGCAUGGUAGUUCAAUCGGACUAUCCGCCAGCUGGCUAUCAUGGCUAUGGCCCCGCCGCCUAUCAGUGCAGCAAUCCGUACGCGACGGCCGUUGGGCCCGGCGGCUAUCCGACGCCCGUUUCCGGCGGCUAUUCACCCAGUCCGGCCACCUGCUACUCGAUGCCACCGCCGCAGCACAUACCGCAGCACGACAAGACCAAAGAUGGCUUGACGGGCUGCUCCCGUUCGGAUCGCAAUCAUUUGCAAUCGCAUUCGCAGGAGCUGAAGUGCCCGACGCCUGGCUGCGAUGGCUCUGGCCAUGUCACUGGCAACUACUCAUCGCAUCGCAGUCUGUCCGGCUGUCCGCGCGCCAACAAACCGAAGAGCAAGCCACGCGAUGGCCAAGACUCAGAGCCACUGCGCUGCCCGAUACCCGGCUGCGAUGGCUCUGGCCAUUCCACCGGCAAAUUCCUUUCACAUCGAAGCGCGUCGGGCUGCCCCAUUGCCAAUCGCAAUAAGAUGCGCGUUCUGGAGGCCGGCGGCACAGUGGAACAGCAUAAAGCCGCAGUCGCAGCUGCCACGGCCAUGAAAUUCGAUGCCUGCACCACAGUUGGCAGCCAGGGCAUCAAGAAACCCAAGUUCGAUGAGGUUACCAUGGUAUAUCCCAAAGGCUAUACAGAUUACGCGACGUUUUGUAUCGGUGCCGAGUAUCUACUGUAAAUAGAAAAAAACAGAAAAAAAUACUAAAGAAUAUAUAAGAAAAAAGUAUAGAACACACAGACAAGCAGAAGGCAGAAAGCAUAAUGUUUCGAAAAGACAAGAUAUAUAAAAAUACCAACAAAAAUAAAUACCGAAAAUGACAAGAAUAACAACAACA